AUGUACCCACAAGAGUUGAUCGACGAGAUACUCGACAACCUACACGACUCGCCCUCUGCGCUAAAAGCAUGCUCCCUCGUCUCUCACCAAUUCUACCCACGCACACGUGACUAUCUUUUCCGCUGCGUUGAUUGUCCCCACCCAGACGUAGCGCGAAUCUUUGACAUCGCGCGCGACUCACCCGAGCUGCUCCGGUGCAUCAAGCGGGUCCAGUUCCGAUACCCCGAUUUUUUCUUACCCCAGUACCAGACAGCCACUUGCGAGAUCUUACACUCACUUCCAUCCCCGAUGACACUCUCCUUCUGGGCCGACAGAGUUGAGGUCAGUCACUCGACAGAAGAAUGCGAAUGGCCGCAAAUUUUGCCUGCGCUCAUGUCCUCAGCUCCGUAUCUCGCCGUCACCAGACUCGAGCUCAAAGGACCCCAAUGGUGUACUUUCCUAGAGUUCCACCACAUCAUUCUCUCUUUUCCCAACUUGACGGAGUUGUACAUAUUGGGAAUGAGACAUUUGAUUGUGUACGGCGGCUCCGUUAUCAUGCCAGCGUCUCCUGCUCCUCGCAUCAAGAAGAUGUGUAUGGGCGGUUGUAUUUCAAUCCCCGCAUUCUGGGAAGGUUUGCGUUCGUAUCGGUCUGUGUACCUUGAUCACCUGGAGGAAUUCUACGCUAUAAACUUUAGUCCGGAUGAAUUUUGUGCGAUUGUCCAGGCUGCCAAUAUAGUGUCAAACGGUCUAAAAGUCGUGGAGAUUACUUGUAGUUGUAUUCCGAUCUGGAACUUCCCGGGACUCUCUCCCAAUGUCUCUCCUCUUCACUUGAAUGCUACCGCCGAUCUACGACUCGGUGGUCAUCUGAACGACAGGAUGUUGCCGUUCAUCAAUUGGUGGAUCAAGUGCUUCCAAGCAUUUGAGAAAGAGUCUACCAUCAUGGAGCGACUGACUAUCAAGUUGGGAGACUGGGGGUCUCCUGUCCCUCCGGGACAGCUCGAGCCACUGAAGAGAGCAUUCGAGGAGCUAAGCGACCUUCUCUCAAGGCUCGUCCGGAACGUGGAUCUGGUAUUCCAGUUAAAGGAUUACCACGCUCAUCCGGAUCUGUCUGUGGAUUGUUUGAGAGGGGCCAUCGUAGAUGCGUGCAAGGUGCUCAAGAAGACAAACUCGAGGGCUUUCGAUAUGACGGAGCGGACACCUGAUGUGCCUGUGUUCCCAUUCCCGGCUAGCACGCGUAUCUUUUGA